AUGGCUACCACUGAAACAGCUCAUAUACUUAGACUCAGCGUGGAUGUUGAACUUAUUCGCAAAUUUGCAGUUGAAUAUGCUACAGAUAAUUGGAACCUAACAAUCACCCCAAUGCAUUUUCUAUAUGGGUUCUUAAAAAUAGAAGAUGAGGACGAUCCUUACUUGCACUCAAUUAUUUUUGAAAAGAAAACGACCACAAGUUAUGAUAGUGUCUUAAGCUUGACUAAUUGGAGGUCUCUGGUUGAAGAUGAACUUAAAGGACUUUGUCAAAGUUGUAGAUCUGUUGAUACAGAUGAUCUUAUCAAACAAGCCAAUGACUAUAUACAAUCAGCUUCCAAGUUUCAGAAAAACAAAAAUGCUGUCUACAUUGUUCGUGAUCACUUGAUACAACGGAUGCUUGAAGAUAGCGAGGUUUUAAACUUGUUCGAAAAGCAAAACAUAAGUAAGGUGUCAAUGGAGGAUACAAUCAAUCUCAAAGACAUGGAAGCGCGUGAAAACAAGAUUGAAGACACAGAGUAUAUAAAAUAUUAUACUAAAGAUUUGACACAAAUGGCACGACAGGGGAAACUAGGAAUGGGGGCUGUUGGCCGUGAAACCGAAAUUCAACAGUGCUUGGAAAUCCUUAUGCGUCACAGCAAAGCAAACCCUAUUUUGGUGGGUGAACCUGGCGUGGGGAAAACUGCAGUGGUAGAGGGGUUGGCCGUGUUACUUGCAAAAUCUGACCCGGCAAACCCCAACGAAGAAAAAUCAACCACAGAAAAAAGUGAUGAGAAACUUGCGAAAUAUAAUGGGAUUCCUCCUGUUCUUGCUGGAGCCCGGAUUUUAUCAUUAGAUAUUGGUGCUUUACGCUCUGGAGCCAAGUAUCGAGGCGAGCUUGAGGAGCGAAUUAAAAAUAUUUUGGAUGAAAUACAAAUGUUUCAAGAACCCAUUAUUUUUUUCAUUGAUGAGAUUCAUAUGCUGAUGGGUGAUGGACAUUCAGAUGAAGCAAAUAUGCUUAAACCGUUUCUUGCUCGUGAAUAUAGUGGGAUGCGGUGCAUUGGGGCUACAACCAAUACGGAGUACCGCAAACACAUUUUCCCUGAUCCUGCGUUUGUGCGGCGGUUUGAAAAGAUCGAUAUCGCAGAGCCUAGCGAGAAAACAACACUAGACAUUUUACGAUCUCUUAAAAAAAAGAUUAGCAAACAUCACGAUAUCAAAAUUUUGGAUGAAGCUCUUGAGACUUGUGUGGGUUUGGCAAAACAGUACUUUGCACAAAAGAAAAUGCCAGAUUCUGCAAUUGAUUUACUUGAGAAUUCAGCUGCAGCUGCAGCUGCUAAUAAAAUGGCAAUGCCAGAGGAACUUGUUAAAAUGGAACAAAAACUCAAAAGUUUGACUCUUAAGGUUGAAUCUUUGCAAGAAGACAGUUUAAUCACUGGUUCAAAUGAUCAACUACAGAUUGAAAGAAAAAAAUUAAAUAGCAUUAAGGCUCGUUUUGACGACAUGACACAGACCAAUAAUGCUUUAGGAACCGCAUUGGAAAACAAGAAAAAAAUAUUAGAAGAAAAUAUCAAUAAACUUAAGCAUUUGCCUAAAUCCAGUUUUGAAUUUAAAGAUAUCAGUUUUUUUAUUCCAGGAUUGAAAAAUGAUAUUGAAGAAUUGGAAAAAAAUAUUAAUCAAUCUAACGCGAUUCCUCCUGGAAUACUUAAUAGCGCUCUUGUCAGGAAAGUUGCUGCCAAACUUUCUGGGAUUCCGGACACUAGUUUAUCUCAUGAUGACAAGUUACAGCUUGAGGAAAUGCAAAAGUAUCUUAGGGAAAAAAUUAUUGGGCAGCCUCAUGCUAUUGAUGAGUUGUGUCAAAAGAUUAGGCUUAAACGAAUGGGACUUUUACAGCGUGAUGAUAUCCCACUCAGCUUUUUGUUUGCAGGAAUAUCAGGGACUGGUAAAACUGAGCUUGCAAAGCAGCUAGCAAUCAAACUUUUUGGAAGUUCUUCAUCGCUGAUCAGAAUUGACUGCUCUGAACUUCAAGACAAGGGAUCAGUAACUAAGCUUGUAGGUGCACCACCUGGGCUUGUCGGAUUCACAGAGGCUGGAAUUUUGACUGAAGGUAUACGGACACGACCAUACUCGAUUGUUCUUUUUGACGAGAUUGAAAAGGCAGACUUUACAGUGCUCACAGUUCUUUUGCAAGUACUUGGAGAUGGCCGUGUGCGCGACAAUUAUGGUCGGGAAAUCAAUUGCUCUAAUGCGAUAUUCAUAAUGACUUCCAAUUAUGGAGCAGAACAAAUUGCAGAACUUCCUGAUGAAAGAAAUGAUGCAUACUACCAGCUCUUGAAUCAAAAAUUUGAAGGUCUACUUGCAAACAAAAUGAGUCCAGAACUUGUGAAUCGGAUUUCUUCCGUAAUUAUCUUCAACAAAUUGUCACAGAAAGCCAUGGAUGAUAUUUUGGAAUUGCGCAGAAAAGAGUACACGGAACAGUUACACAAAAAAGACUACAGAAUCGAGCUCAAUUUUACUUCGGAAGCCAAAGAGUUUUUGCUGAGUCAAUGGUCAUCGCCAUUAUUUGGUGCGCGGCCACUUACCCGUCUUAUGGAGCAAGAGAUAUAUGACAAAAUUGGACAAAUGAUUAUAAGAAACGAAAUCAAGCGCAAGGACAAUUGUUAUAAAAAUGUUAUAGUGAAACUAAACGAGCUUGGUAGAGGGUUGGAAAUCUCUAUUGAAAACUAA